AUGGCAGCCGGGGUCGCGGCCUGGUUGCCCUUUGCCCGGGCUGCUGCAAUAGGAUGGAUGCCAGUGGCCAACUGUCCCAUGCCCCUUGCCCCAGGAGACAAGAAUAAGAAACAGGAUGAGCUCAUCAUCCUCAAUGUGAGCGGCAGGCGCUUCCAAACUUGGAAAAACACCCUGGAGAGAUUCCCAGACACCUUACUGGGCAGCACAGAAAAGGAGUUCUUCUUCCAUGAAGAAACUAAGGAGUAUUUCUUUGACCGGGACCCUGACAUCUUCAGGAACGUGUUGAAUUUUUACAGGACGGGCAAGUUGCACUACCCAAGGCAUGAGUGCAUCUCAGCCUAUGAUGAAGAGCUGGCCUUCUUUGGCAUCAUCCCGGAGAUUAUUGGGGACUGCUGUUAUGAAGAGUACAAGGACAGGAAGAGGGAGAAUGCUGAGAGAUUGAUGGAUGAUAGUGACUCAGAGAACAAAGCGGAGGGCAACCUUCCGUCCCGAACCUGCCGCCAGACCAUGUGGAGAGCCUUUGAAAACCCUCACACCAGCACCUUAGCGUUAGUCUUCUAUUAUGUGACUGGCUUCUUCAUUGCAGUGUCAGUGAUCACCAAUGUGGUGGAGACUGUGCCCUGUGGCAUUGGCCCAGGCGAUGUCAAAGACCUGCCCUGCGGGGAGAGGUACGUGGUGGCUUUUUUCUGCCUGGACACGGCCUGUGUGAUGAUCUUCACGGUCGAAUACCUCCUCCGGCUCUUCGCUGCCCCCAGCCGCUACCGGUUCAUGAGGAGCGUGAUGAGCAUCAUUGACGUGGUGGCCAUCAUGCCUUAUUACAUUGGCCUGGUGAUGACCAACAACGAAGAUGUGAGUGGAGCCUUUGUCACCCUGCGGGUGUUUCGCGUGUUCCGGAUUUUCAAGUUUUCUCGCCAUUCCCAAGGUCUGAGGAUCCUCGGCUACACUUUGAAGAGCUGUGCCUCUGAACUUGGGUUCCUCCUCUUCUCCCUCACCAUGGCCAUCAUCAUUUUUGCUACUGUGAUGUUCUAUGCUGAAAAAGGGUCAACACACAGCAAGUUUACAAGUAUUCCCGCCUCUUUCUGGUACACCAUUGUCACCAUGACAACACUGGGCUAUGGUGACAUGGUACCAAAGACAAUCGCUGGGAAGAUUUUUGGCUCCAUCUGCUCCUUGAGUGGUGUGCUGGUGAUUGCUCUACCUGUGCCAGUCAUCGUGUCUAACUUCAGCAGGAUCUACCAUCAGAACCAGCGAGCAGACAAGCGACGGGCACAAAAGAAAGCCAGGCUUGCGAGGAUAAAGAUAGCAAAGACUGGGAAUGCCAACGCCUACCUGCAAAUCAAACGUAACGGCUUGAUGAACGAGGCACUAGAGCUCACGGACUCGAGUGAUAAGGAACAGCAGCAAUCUCUGAACAAACCUGGCUCAGCUGUGGCUAGACAGCAUCACCAUCUGCUCCAUUGCUUAGAGAGAACAACUGGACUGUCUUACCUGCUGGAUGAUCCCCUUCUAUCUAUCCGAACGUCUGCUUCAACCAAAAACCACGAGUUGCUUGAUGAACCGGUUUAUGAACAGAACUGCCUGGAAGGUUCGAUGCAGAAUUGCCCAUCCACCCACAGCCCAUCUCUGUCCUCAGAGUCUGGGACAACCAGUACCUGCUGCUCCCGCCGCAGUAACAAGAAGUCCACUCAUCUUCCCAACUCCAGCGUGUCAGCCGCUCACCUGAGAAGCAUGCAGGAACUUAGCACCAUUCAUAUCCAGAGUGGGGAGCAGGCGUCCUUCAACACCAGCCGCUCCAGCCUGAAUGACAAAUCGGAGGAGGGUCUGCGAGUCAACUACAAGAGCUCGCAGAUCGCCACAGCGAUAAUCAGUAUCCCCACACCGCCCGGCACUACACCCGAGGGGGGACAUGAGCUACCCCUCCCCAACCAGUCCAGUACCAGCAUGGAAGCCGCAAGCUGUAACAUCGUGAAAGUGUCUGCCUUGUAAAAUUAAAGCCUUGCCCAGCUCUCAGUCACCUCAAAGAUCACAUCGUCAAGCAUGACACUGGCAACCGCAUGGCAAGGGUGAGAGGGGAAAUUGUGAAUGAGACCAAUCCCAGUGAAAGGGGGAGGGUGAUCCGAAGUCACCGCGUUUGCGUCUCAAAGCAACGGCACAGUUUCAAUCCAGUUUUAUUAUUUGUUUGUCUUUUAUUUUCAAUGAGAGGAACAACGGGGGGAAACUCGAGAGGACCAACGCCGGAGAGACUCAAUGAGGGACAUUUUGGGAGUUAACAAAAGGAACCAGCUCCGCACUGCGUCGUUUUUAAGUACUGUACCUAAUUUAGGUGAUGUUUAAAAUGGAUAAUAUUUAUUCACAAAUUGGAAAUGUGAGAAGGUGAGCCUAUUUGGGAAAAAAAGCAAGCAGGAUUUUUUUUUUUCCCGUGUGGAAGAGUGACUUUAAAAAAGACACAAAAGACAAGAGAUUUAGGAUCCAGAUGUUGUUGUAGUCCCCACUUUUUGACACGUUUCUCGUGUGCGUUACACGUGGAAAAGAAGACAGCUGUUAGCCCUGACGGCAGAUAAUUUGUCUGCUUAUGGUCUGUAGUUACAAUAAGAGCUUUCAUUUCUGCUGUUUGAUCCAUGUGACAUCUCAGUGUUCAUUGCUGACAAGAAGCAGCAUCGUGUGAACAUGGUGUUUGUCAGUUUAAGUACAGUCUGUAGGUGUAUUGUGAGCAGAAAACUGUACCCAGCAAAUUAAGCCGUUCCAUGCACUGAUUUCUUCUCUCUUCCCAAUACCAUC